AUCAUCCAGCACGAAUACCCCACCGCCCGUCUCUCCGCCCGCGCGACCACCAUUCUCACACAGCCCAGCGCGCAGGACGAAUACAUCCCCGAACAGGUCCUCGGGGUCGCUUGGGCUAGUUUCUUAGCUAUCCUGAAGGACCGUUCGCUUGGGAUAUCGACGGUCGAGUUUACCGAGGCGGGGAGGUUACUCGAAUUAUUCAAGCCUGAAAAGGGCCCUGAAACGAAUAGUCUUCGUGGUCAGAAGAAAUCCAAGGGAAAUGGCAAGAAGAACAAGGUCGAAUUCCGACGAUUCGAGAUGACCGACGCCGGGAAGUUGCUCCUCAAAGGCAUGCAAAUCACCGCCGGAAUAACACUCGGGAUCCUAGCCUGGGACGCCCAAGACCGCGCCACCGCCGCGAAACGAUACUCCGAAGCCUUCGCGCUCGCUGCCACCCAUACGCCCUACGACUCCGACCCUGCGCUCGCUCGGACCGGGCUGGAGAAGUACGUCGCGAAUGAAGUGAAGACGGCUAGGGAGAACUACGCGACGUUAAGGGAGAAUGACGUGCUGAGGGCGGGUGUGGUGGGCAGGGAGGGUGAUGCGGGGAGGAGGGAGAGGCUUGAGGUACCGAAUUUGAGGAUGGAGGGGGAUGGGAGGGUCGUGCUGAGGGAGGAGUUCGAGGUGGCGACGGAUGUGUGUGCGGGGUGUGGGAAGAGGGAGGUGAAGAUGAAGCAGUGCAAUAAGUGCCAUAAGGUUUUGUAUUGUGGCGCUGUCUGUCUAGAGCAACACUGGCCAACGCACAAACCGAUAUGCAAGCAAAACCGUGCAUAAUUAUCUGUGUCGGUUUAGGCUCGCGUAUAUAUAUGCCUACUUCUCCAUUGAACAAUGUAUCAAGAGACAUUUUUGGUGCUUGCCAUCAUCUGUCCUAC